AUGGCGACGACGACGCUCACGCCGACCACCAUCGCGUCCCCGCGGCCGUCCGCCCCCUUCUGCGGCCGCUCCGGCUGGCAGCGCGCGCGGCGCCCUCCGCCGCCGUCGUCUGGCUCCGGCCACGGCGGCUGCGCGCGGCCGCUGGACCGCGUGGCCGGGUGGGUCGGCGGCGGCAUCGCCGCGGCCUUCUUCGCCUCCCUGGAGCGGUGCUCGUGCGUCACCGUCCGCACGCACGACGACCUCGACGACGACGAGCAGAGGGACUCCGUGGCGCCGCUCAUGCUCGACAACGACGGCAUGGACGACGAGGGCAGGGGGAGGAGCAGGAGGAGGUGCAGAGGAGGAAGCAGGAGGAACGACAAGGGCAGGAAGAGUGCCGGCGGCGGCGGCGGCAUGGGCUGCUACGGUGAUCAAAUUUGAGUUCGUCGAUCAACGCUAAUAAGAAUCUGUAGCUUCUUGAUGUUGAUUCCUAAGCUUUUUCAGCUCAUGUCUAUAGAUUUGACCAUACAAGUGGUUUAUAAGUUUGAUUAAUGGUGUAUGGAAGUUUAACUGAGUCCAACUACUCCCUUAUAAUUAUACAAGUGUAAUUAGUGUGUACCGAAUGUUAUGCUUCAACUGUAGUAAAACAAAAGAAGUGGAGAAGAUGCGAAAUGUUUAUAUUUUUUGCCGGAACAAGAUGUGAUAUGUUUAAGGUA